AUGCCAGUUGUCCUGAAUCCAUCACUACAGUACAGUCUGUGUCUUGAAACCGCACCUACUAAAGUCUCUCUGGACCUUGUGGAUAAGUUGGAGAGACUUGCUCUUGUAGACUUUGGCAGCCAUGAAGGUGUUGAGUGUCUGGAGAAAGCCAUUCGCUUUGCUGAUCAGCUCCAUGUUGUUGGCACGGACGGUGUGGAACCAAUGGAUUCUGUUCUAGAGGACAGAGCUUUGUAUCUGAGAAAAAACACAGUGACUGAGGGAAACGGCGCAGAGGAACUUCUUCGACUCUCCAGAAUCACAGAGGAGGAAUAUUUUGUAGCACCUCCAGGAAACAUCCCUCUUCCGAAGAGAGAGGAGCGAACCACCAUGCUGAAGCACUCAGAGCUCUGAGAUAAAAAAUAUCCAAUGAGACAAACUGUUCCAAUAAACAUGUUCCUACUUAAACUCACUGCUCUAUACAUUAACACACAUGAUCACUGAUUAAGUUUUAGUGAUUGCUGUAUCCAGGUCAGGUUCAGGGUGGAUGUAGAGUUGAUCACUGGGGUUUAAUUGUAAAUGACCUUCUUAGCACAGAUU